GCUGUCUAUCGCCUUACCUCACGCAUUGUAAUAUUAUUGACGAAGGCCAUCGUCAUUCCGUUGAUAAUCUGAAAGUCGUGUUUUAUAGUGGUUUUUAACGCGAUUCCAUACACUGCCAAAACAGACAUGACUGCGCCGGGCAAGCUAUCCGUUGCUGUCGUCUGUUCAUCGAAUAUGAAUCGUUCCAUGGAAGCGCACAAUUUCUUAGCCAAAAAGGGCUUCAACGUGCGCUCCUACGGCACCGGUGAACGGGUUAAGCUGCCCGGCAUCGCGUUUGAUAAACCCAAUGUUUAUGAAUUUGGUACCAGCUACGAGGAAAUAUAUCGCGAUCUAGAGGCCAAGGACAAGGAAUUUUACACGCAGAAUGGUCUGCUGCAUAUGCUCGACCGCAAUCGUCGCAUCAAAAAGUGCCCCGAACGCUUUCAAGAAACCAAAGAACAAUUUGAUAUUAUAAUUACGGUGGAGGAGCGUGUUUACGAUUUGGUUGUGAUGCACAUGGAAUCGAUGGAGUCGGUUGAUAAUCGUCCCGUUCAUGUGCUAAAUGUCGAUGUCGUUGACAAUGCGGAGGAUGCGUUGAUGGGUGCCUUUUUAAUAACGGACAUGCUUAAUUUGUUGGCGAAAUCGAACGAUAUCGAUAAUGAUAUCGAUGAAAUGAUACAAGAAUUUGAGGAGCGCAGAAAUCGUGUGAUUCUCCAUUCUGUGCUUUUUUACUGACAGCCGAAGACGUUUGGUAACGGUACUUGUCCAAACAAUCACCCGCGCUCCACACUCGAUCAGCGCAAUCGAUGCGCUUAUCGAUACGUUAAGAAUUGUAAAUAUGAUGAGCGGAUCGAACAGAAAUGUCCACACUACAUGCCUACAAACAACUAGGACAAACGACAAACACACUCACAACAAGAAUGUCGAAUUUCAAAAAAAAAAAAAAAACCAAA